AUGAAGCGUCUCUGGCAAUUAGAUGUGGGAUGGGAUGAAACCCUAUCCCAGGAGAUGCACACGCAAUGGAACGACUUUCGUGCUGAACUGAAGGAGGUUCCAUUGGUGGUCAUCCCGCGGCGCGUGGUACCAAACAAUCCGAGAGAAAUAGAAUUGCAUGGCUUCGCGGACGCAUCGGAACAAGCCUUUGGGGCCACGGCCACACAUAUCGAAUUGGCCACAGACAUGACGACCGACGCGUUCUUACAAUGCCUCCAUCGAUUCAUAGCACGGAGGGGUAGAUGUCGAACCAUCUACUCCGACAACGGUAGAAAUUUUAUUGGCGCCCGAAGUGGAUUAAGGGAAUUAGGCUUACUCUUAGACUCUCGUGCGCAUCACGAUCGCAUUAUAGACACGUUGGCGCAGGAGCGCAUCGCUUGGCACUUAAUACCGCCAAGCGCUCCGCAUUUUGGCGGCCUAUGGGAGAGGGGGGUGCGAUCUGUAAAAACCCACUUGAAGAAGGUCGUCGGCGAGCAGAGGCUCACGUAUGAGGAGUUAUACACGAUACUAACGCAAGUUGAAGCCUGCCUCAACUCCCGUCCUCUGCACCCCAUAUCCACUGAUCCUAACGACCUGAACCCCCUCACGCCCGGUCACUUCCUCAUCGGAGAUGCGUUGAUGGCACUCCCACAGCCGGACCUAACUAACGUAACCGAGACCAGAUUAAACAGGUAUCAGCUGGUGCAGAAAACUAUACAGCACUUCUGGAAGAGGUGGCAGCGGGAAUACCUCCACGGCCUGCAACAACGGCACAAGUGGCGGACCGACUCACCAGAUUUGAUCCGGAUAGGCGCUAUGGUUCUCCUAAGAGAAGACAACCUACCGCCACUGCAAUGGCGAUUAGGGCGCAUCAUCGAUCUGCACCCUGGACCCGAUGGAGUCACCAGAGUGGUCUCCGUACGAACGGCCCAUGGAACACUCAAGAGGCCAGUCAAGAAGAUUUGCGUCCUGCCAGAUGCAGAGGAUGCGAAUCAUUCUCCCACUUAA